AUGCGAUGGAACGACAUCAUCGGAAAAGCGAUUGGGUCGCUUAUCUGUAUAAUUCUAUGCCGCAUCACAUUCUACCUUCUUUAUCGCCGUAUUCCGACUAUUUCUGGCGAGCAAAAGUAUUUUCCCAAACAUCUCAUCAAUGACGAUAAUGCUCUAAAUAGGUAUCGAUUGAAUAUUUCCGAACAGCUCUAUCGGCAUGCCAUCAAAGAAUCUGAUCAUUUCAGUCCACUGGAAAUCCGCAUCAUCGCCUCUGAUCGACGUCAGGAUUACCUUCUUCAGGUUAUCGCAUUUCUGGUUGAUUCCUAUGAAUCUCACAGACGAUUUCCACCCAGUCUCGAGCUAUGUAGCGUAGAGCCAGUGGUAUUCGAGGAACUACGGCAAUUCCAAAUGCACAUUCCGAUACGAAUACUCAGUGGUGUGAGUUCCAGACGAUUACCCUUGAACGACACCAUAGCAAAAGAAGCGUCUGACUACUGGAAAUGCCUCAAUCGUACGACCAAAGCAAGGUACGUGAUGUUACUCGAAGACGACGCCCUUGUCGUUCCGGAGUUUGCCAGCAUGAUGACAUCGUUGAUGAGACAACUGGACCGCAGACCGCACAUUGAUUAUGUCAAACUGUAUCAUCCCAAUCAACUACGGAAAAUCCCGUCCAUUCCAAUGGCUAUAGCUUUAUCGCUAUUUAUUUGCUUUAUUUAUCAAUUGUUUGUUUUUCGACGGGUACUUUUGUUGUGGUUACUGGCUACCUCCAUUCCUGUUUAUACUUUUCUUCGCUCAUAUGGCUCCCAGUUUCUGGCCGAUGUACGUUAUGCUAUCUCAAAGUCGGUCUACAUGAGCGCCAGUGAAUCU